GCGCGGCGGCGGGCGGGCGGCCGGGACAGGAGGCGGGUGCCGGGGCAGGUCGGGCCGCGCCCCGAGCUCUGGGGCCCCAUGGCCGGGACUCGGUGCCCUACACCCCCGUUCCCAUCAGGUGGCUCCGGAACGGGCGCCUGGCACCUUGGCUUCGUCGUGCGCGCGGCACCCGGGGCGCCCAGACCACAGGGGGCAGCGCGGCGCGGAGCAUCGUUUGAUCCCUCCCCAGGGGUCUCGCUGGGCCGCAGCCGCGCCCCUCUCCCCAGCCUCCCCCUGCAGGCCGGCCCGCCCAGCCCCCCAGCCCGGAGGCUCCGGCCCUGCAGACGCUUGCGCGGGGCCCAGUUAACGACGGGCCCUCGGGAAACCAGCCCGAAAGCUGCCCGAGGGCAGCGUGCCGACGGCUCCCCCAUCCCGAGCGCGAACACGCACACCCCGCAUCCUUUCCAGACUUUCAAAAAAGACGUGGUUUCGACAUUUUUUUUUUAAUUUCAAAGUAGUGCAUCAACACACCGUGCUUGUUUACAAAAAGGAAGAACGGUGCAGCCCGCAGGAGGCCCAGCCUCGCCCCUCCCGUCCUGCCCCCUCCGGUGCUGGCGCGCGCUGUUCUCGUGGAGCCCCCCCCACUGCAGGCCGUGACCUUGGCGGGCCCCUCCGGGGGCUGCCCCGCCCGCACACAUCGCCGACAGCACGUGCCGAGGCCGUGGCCGGUUGGCCGGCCAGUGCACUGCGCGGUGGCUAGGACAGAGCCCGACGCGCGCUGACGCGCACAGACGCGGAGUCAAGGAGCGGCAGUGAAAGCGAGUGGCGGCGUCCCCCGAGAGCGCAGACACCCCAAACCCCUCCCAGUGUCCAGGUCUGCAUUUCCCUCGUCAUCGGGGGCGCUUUCCUUUUGUUUUGGCAUCGCCACCCUUGGACGAGGGCGUCCCUCCCGCAGGGCCAGGGCCGGGAAAGGUGGGCGCUGGGCUCCGCCUGAUAACCGCCUUCGCGGGCGCUGACACCCGGCCGGUCCGCGCAGGUCCCCCCGCCCGGUGGGGCCUCACCUCCGCCCCGGCUCCCUCCCAGCCCACGGGCGCCCAGGACUUGGGGCCCUACCCUCCGGGCCCCGAACGCGCCCGCGGCCGCCCCGCCCCCGGCCUGCCCUAGCAGCCGUUGCUAAGGGGCGUGGCUCGACCGCGGAGCCUCGGAGAGUCCCGCGGCCUCAUGAAUAUUUGAGCAUUCAAAUGAUGCCCCAGCCCCGUUGCCAUGGCGCCCAGGGCCGCAACCCUGCCACCGGAAGAAGGACCCCGAGUCGGAAGGCGCGCCCCGCGGCGGAGGGCGCCCGGCCCGUGGCACCGAGACCGACCCCUUUGGUGAGAGCCCAGCACACCUUUGGGCCUGGGGCCUCAGGCCUCGCUGCACCUCCCCCGUGCCUGGGGGGAAACUGAGGCCGAGGGCUGCCCCAGGAUGAAGCAGCAAAGCCAGUGGGGGCUCAGCGGUACCCCCAGAUGUCCAAUCUGGUCUCCAGGGGCUCAGCCCACGACCGGUAGCCGUGCUCCGAAGAGUUCCCAGGCCCCAGGGUAGGAGGGACCCCAGGCUCUGCCCCUGCAGGAGAGGGGGAGGUGGGGACCCAGACUCCCUUAGUGAGGACCUAGGAGAGACUAGGCCCUGCCCGCAGCGCCCCUCCCUCUGCGGCGAAGGGGGGAGGCGUGGAGUGAACCCAGAUUGCUGCUGAGCCAGGCCAAGGGCUGGCAUUAGCCUGGGCCGUGGAGGCAGAGAGUGGCAGGCAGGGUGGCCACAGGGCCCCGCGCAGCACGGACAGGUCCAGCCAGUGCAUGCACGUGAGGGGACACUACACAUGUGAGCUGCAGCCAGCGACCCAGGCCCUGCCCCUUGGACCUGAGACUUUUGGGGCCGGACAGGACCGUCCGCUGGGCCCAGUCCGGGGUAGGACCGCUGGGCGGCUGCUGUGAAGCACAGAAGGAAAGCGUGGUGGGCUUGGCCCUUCAUGCUGCCCACGGGCAUCCUGGGGCUGCAGCCGGACCGGCCCCUGCACUCCCCACACCCCAAGGCUGGCAGGCCUGGGAUGGGAGCGAGCAGCGUAGUCCCAGGAGGCACGUGCUGAGGUCCCCAGCCAGGCCUGGGGCUUUUCGCCCACUGAAGAAAGGUAGAUGGCAGAGGAAGCUUCUGGAAAGAAAUCCUGGCUGGAGACCCGAUGAGUCUGUAUGGUGGGGCUCACCUGCAUGGCCUUCAUCUCCUUGGACCCCCGGUGUAUGGGUCACCUUCCAGGUGAGGCCACUGAGGCACACAGAGCCCGCGCAGCACCCCUCCAGCGCCUCUGUCAAGGCCUAGCUGGCCACCCCCCCAGCCCAGGCACGAUGGAGAGGGUGCGGCUUGAGUGUCUGCAGGGCCCAAGAGAUGAGAGCAGCACUGGCGUGUGCACGCGCCACACUAUCCCUUCUGAGAAUCAGGGGAGUCUCUCUCCCGUGCGUUGCGGGCGCAGGAAGUGAGCAUCCUGCCUGCCCGGGCCCCGCAGCCUGGGGCUCACUCAGUGGAACGCGUCGUAAAACACAGAGAACCCCAGAAGGAGUCAGACUUAGACGGAAAGUCAAUCCAGGAAGGGCAGGAGGGGAUACUGGGCAGGGGUCAAUGAGGCCUCAACCCACACUGGGGGUUCCCAGAACAUUCCAGGCGGACUUCUGGCUCUACCCCUGGACAUGAUUCUGGGAUCCGGGGUCAGGCCAGGCAUCUGCAUCUUUAAGGAGCAGUACCAGGUGAGCCUGGCGCAGGUGUCCAGGGACACGGGCUCCUGUGGAGCCUGGGGGUGAGGGGGCUUGGGAAGGACAGGGUGCCAGGUGGCCAGCCCAUGAGAGUCCAGAGAGGCAGACCCGGGACCCCUUUUGCAGAGAGGAUGGUCAGUCACCACCCGACUGUCUUCCUCAUCAACCCAUCCAGGUGCCCCAUCAGGAUGAUCCAAAGGACCUGAGGGCCGGUGCCUACACUGACAGCCCCAAGCACCUCCACACCUGCCCACUUCUGCCCUGUGUCCUCCUCCCUGCCUGUCCCAAGUCCCCUGGGCACAGCGACCUGGCCAGGAGGCCACCCCAACUCCCUCCUGCAGGUGCCACCUGGAGACACAUGCUGCCUCCGUGCCUGGAUGUUUGACCCAUGGUGGGAAGAGGCAGUGCCUCCAGCAGGUUGUGUGUGAAUGGACCAGUCCUGCGACAGAGCCCAUGGGCUGUGGCCUAGCACAGCCACUGUCCAAGUGCGGGAGCUGGGCUGGCAAGGACCAUACAACCCCCGGCCACAGAGCAAGGACCCAGGCAGCCGUAGGGACAGCCAUGGCGAGCGGCUGGUACAGGAGUACCUGUCACCUGCCCGACUGCGGGCCCUGGCCCAGGUAGAUGACCUUGGACUGGUGAACAUGCUGGAGAUGUGUGUCAACACCCGUGAGAACAGCCUGGGGAACUUUGGGAAGCACCUGCCCAAGCUCAGCCAGCUGAAGCUGAACGGCAGCUGCCUGGGCUCCGUGAGAGACCUGGGCACCUCCCUGGGCCGCCUGCAGGUGCUGUGGCUGGCUCGCUGUGGCCUGACUGACCUGGACGGCGUUGGCUCCUUUCUGGCCCUGAAGGAGCUCUACGUCUCCUACAACAACAUCUCAGACCUGAGCCCGCUGUGCCUGCUCGAGGAGCUGGAGGUGCUAGACCUGGAAGGCAACAGCGUGGACGACCUGGGACAGGUGCGCUACCUGCAGCUAUGCCCGCGGCUGGCCACACUCACUCUGGAAGGCAACUUGGUGUGCCUGCGGCCAGGGCCCAGCCCUUCCAGCAAGGUGCCCCGGGGCUACAACUAUCGGGCAGAGGUGAGGAAGCUUAUCCCCCAGCUGCAGGUCCUGGAUGAGGUGCCGGCCGCACACACUGGCCUGCCGGCCUCCCAGAAGCUGGACCAGGACUGGCUCAUGGUGAAGGAGGCCAUCAAGGAGGCCGGUGUCUUCGAUGGUCUGCUCCCUGGGCUGGAUCAUCCCCACGGAGCCAACAUUCAGAGACUCAGCUCCGAGCUGUCCUUGCCCGACACCCAGCCUCGGGCCCCCAGGCCAUGGCCCCUCUCCCUACUGGUCCCUGGGCGUCCCCUGCCUGAAAGCCUGCUUCCCAGGGACCCAGCUCCAGAGGAUGACAGCAGCAACCUCACCCACGGUGCUGGCCGGGUCCUCUGCGGGAACCCCACCAAAGGCCUGCGGGAGCGCCGACACCAGUGCCAGGCCUGGGCAGCACCGGAGCCGCUGCCCCCACACAGGCUGGAGGACCCGGCUGCCAGUGCCUCUAUCCCAGGGCCUGACCGGACAGACAGCUGCGGUGACCUCCUGGCCUUGGCUAGGCUUCCGGCCCACAGGGAGCUACGCCUGCACCCCCUCUCUGGUAGGUCCCUGGAGUCCCAGCAGGAAGGUGCCACGGCCCCCGGGGGCCCACGGAGGAGCCCUGAAGAGCAAGAGGACAAGUCUAGGCCCAAGACUCCCUCCGGCCCCCCAUGCCUGGCCCCAGAGCCUUCCAGGACCUUGGGCUGUAACCUGAUCCCCUGUCCCCCCAAGAUGCCUUCUGAUUCCAGCCACAGCUCCUGGGGGGCCACAGGCCUGCAGUUCCAGAGGCGCAGGCUCAGAGCUCUGUGCAGCUUAGGGCCUGGCCUGGGCCAGGGAGCUGGCCUGGGGCAGGGGCUGGCUGCAGGGACGGCUCUGAGAGCCCUGGAGGUGACCUCAGGCCCAAGCCCUCGAGCCCAGGGAUGUCCAGGCCCAAAGGCAGCACCAGAUCCAGCAGUCAGAGUCCCCGGCCUGCGGUGCAUGCCGCACCUGAACCCUAUCACCCCAGCCCAGGCCCCCCCCUAGUGUAGCCCCCACCCCCCCACUGCCAAGCUGCCCGGGACCAUGUGAACUCUGACAUCAGGGAGUCCGGGGCAUCUUGGGGAGUGUGUGGGGCCGGGUAAUGGCUUGACACAGGAGAGACCCUUCUUGGUGGAGGGGAGUCGGGCACAAGAAAGAGGCCAGGCUGAGCGAGUCAGCUGCCCACUCCUCCCACGGGGCCUGGCUUCCCAGGAGGAAGGGGCAGG